CUCCCAGUGUGUAUAACUGUAUACAAUAUGAUGAAAUAAGUUAAUUAUCUGUGUUAAAUGAACCUCUUAGAGAAAUAGACCUUUCAUUUUGAUAUUUAAGUUUUCGUAUCUGUGAUCAGUUGCUCUUGUCUGCGAGAUACGUCAUUUUUCCGCGACUGUGAAUAGAAACAGCAUGCUGCCGGAGCCGUGAUAGUUGUAAACAUUAAUCUUUUUACUGAAUCAUUAGCCCCAAAUGGCUCCGACAGAUCAGAAGAGGACGAAUAAGAAAUUUAUAGGAAAAGGUGGAAACGCGAAGGGAUCAAAAAAUGCUCCGCACGGUGUUCAAAAGAAGAGAAAAUGGGUCGAUCAGGAUAAAGUUUUCCAAGGCAGCGUCAAAGAAGGUCAGGGGUUUGCCUUCCUGAAGAAAGAGAAAGCAAGACACGAGUACAACAAAUUGCUGCGUAAGGAGAAGAGGAACAAGAAGAAUCCAGAGUCCAAACAGCUUUACGCGGAGGAAUAUCCUGAACACCUGAGGCAUCUCUACUUGGCUGAGGCGGAGAAGCUGAAGAAUGAAGCCUGGGCAAACAAAGUGAACAGGAGAAAGCAGAGAAUGAAACAGCAGGUGACGGAUGCAGCUGAAGAGGACGAUGCAGCUGAGACACAGCAGACAGAAGGUGCUGAGGAAGAAGUUACCGGUGGGUCUGAGCCGGCAGAUUCAGUAUCGGGCAGCCAGGAACCCGAACCAGCAGAGGCUACAGUGAGAGAAAGUCUUCCAAUGAGUAACCGCAUGAAGAAGAAAGUGGACAAGAAGACCUCCUUCCAGAAGACAAAAGAAGAAUUUGAGAGAAUCAAAGAGAAGCGAAGGAAAAAGAAAGAGGAGUACCUGAAAAACAAGCAACAGCGAGAAGAAGCCAUUCAAAGAUACAAGCAGAAAAAGAUGGAGACGUUUCAGAUGCUCAGCAAAAAGACCAAGAAAGGACAGCCAAACCUGAACCUCCAGAUGGAAUAUUUGCUCCAGAAGAUCCAGAAGAACUGAGA